UUGCGGUCCACAAACAUCCACACCCAAAGCUUUUUAUUCAUUUUUUUUCUCUGUCUUUUGGAAUGGUCUCUAAGAUCACUGAGAUACUGUUACCACCGCAGGGAUAACAUCAAAGCAGCAAGUUCCUCAGCAUCUCAAAGGUGAGGAGGGGUAAGGCUAAAGGCUAUGCCUGGACUACCAGAGAACAUCCCCCUUGGGGAGUGCACCCUACACUCCCAGUCCCAGGAGCAGCUCACUCCCCAGACAGAAAGCACCGUGUUCAGCCUGUCCCGCAGCGAGUCCCUCUGGACCAAUGAGUCGGCCCGCAGCACAUGUGAGAUCUACUGGUUCCCAUUCCACCUCAUGUCCACUGGGGGCAGCAUCUUUGCCUGCGGCUUCAUCCUGAGUGGCCUGUAUUUUGCUGGCUACUGCAGGAAGGCCACCAACAUCCUGGGCCCGGCCCUGGUAUCCAUUGGCCUGAUGGUGCUGGUGGUGGGCGUGGUGCUGAUCCCCAUCACCAAAGAGAACAGGAAGCAGCCCACCAUGAAGAAGCCCUUCAGUUACUACAGGCAACCAGUCUUUAAAUUAUGAGGUGGGCCGGGCGGGGUAUCCCUGUCUUGUAUGCUGUGAUCCUGGAGAGUCCUCAGGCUCAAAGUCUGGUUAUCAGACCAUUUAGUUUCCCAAAAGCACAAUGGAGGAUUUGAUACUUCCCUGCUGAGCAUGGCUACAUAUUCACAUGAUGAAUGUUUGCUCUAAAGACAAUUCAUUUGUAGGGGGACAUGAACCAUUCUAUUUUCUUCCACCACUAUGGAUGUAUACAGUAUUUUAAUAUCUGCAUGACAAAGUAUACAUUAUAACCAAGUUACAGGUGGUUCUUUGGCAUUUGUUCUUAAGCAUUUGAAAGUACUAGAAAAUUACCAUGCUGCCAAAAAACACAAUUAUAAAUGUAGUCCACUGCUUUUAUGCAUAAUUAUUAGAAUGAGUGACAAGCAUAUUGAGAAGAAAGUUGUGUGCAUGUACAUUGAUGAGAGCGGGAUUGAGUAUUGACAGCAUGCCUUUGUGGUAGGCUACUGAUUCAUGAAUAAUUCAAUAAAUAACAUAAGUGCUUAUUUGGGGUGGUCUAGUGGUUAGAGUGUUGGACUACUAACUGAAAGGUUGCUAGAUCAAAUCCCUGAGCUGACAAGGUACAAAUCUGUUGUUCUGCCCCUGAACAAGGCAGUUAACCCAUAUUGAGAAGAAAGAUGUGUGCAUGUACAUUGAUGAGAGCAGGAUUGAGUAUUGACAGCAUGCCUUUGUGGUAGGCCAUCACUGAAAAUAAGAAUUUGUUCUUAACUGACUUGCCUAGUUAAAUAAAGGUA